UUGAGGAUGGAGAGCCCCACAAUAUAUUCUCGAACCUAGAAGAGAAUCACUUUCCUUAAUAAAAGUUUGAUGCCUUUGUUUCUACUUUGGGUUUUAAAUUCAGGAUUAGUGCCCAAAGCCAAGCUGUCCUCUCAAACCACCCCCACUUUGUUUCCCUCCAACUAAUGAGCAAUGAACUAAUGAUCCUAAUUAUAUAUAUUAUUUUCCAUUUCUGGGUUUCUUUAAACUCAUUUGUUCAUUAUUUCAAAAAACUAUGUGUAACAAAUAUUUAUUUGUCAUCUUUGUUUUUAUAAUGUUUCUCUUGUGGAUUUGUGUAUUUAAAACAUAUAAAUGUUUUUACAUGUGUCUCAAUAAGGAGGAAAAAAGAAGAAGGAGAGUUGCUUGUUGUGGACAUUAAAAUUAAGUUAUUUUAGUUUAUAGUUCGAUAUCCCAACCAUUCAGUUAAAUUUGCGUUGCCCUUUGAAAUUGAUAUUUUCGUUAUCACCCUUUGUAUGUAACUUAUAUUAUAGUGAUGAUUUAAAAAAGAGAACCGAUCUUAUAGCUUAUAUCAAUCUUUACAAGAGUAAUCAAUUUACAAUGUUUAUGAGUUAAAAUGGUUUGUGGAGACGUGUUGACAUAUAUGAAAGAACAAGAGUAACUAUUGGUUCUGCUUUCCAGAGAUGAUGACUGUCCACAAUUCCAAUUUAAUGCUUUUCAAACGGGACUACAAAUCAAGACAACCUUCGAGAAGAAGAACCACGAUCUUCGAAGCUGGGGGACUUUGUAUAAUACUGCUUAUGAUCAGAUGGCAGCCACCACAACAGUGGUCGAUUUUAUUAUGGUUAAUAAAAAAAAUUUCAUUUAGCCCUACAGAACCUCUUCCGAAAACCAUACAUAUAGGCUUAGCGCCCGCGCUUUAUAGUACCACCACAAUAUCUAACAACGGACUAUAAUCUAUCCACUCUAGCAAGGAAGGAGAGCUCUACCAUCCGAAAACAUUUUUACGUCCACAAUGAUCUUGUUAGCAAACUGCAACGGGUCAAAACACCCCUUCAAUAUAGCAGAUUAGCAGUAGUCGUCAUGUACAUGGGCGCUGGGCCGUGCUUGGGCCGGCACGGCACGGGCACGCUUGGGCCCAUUUAUUUCGUGUCGUGCUUGGCACGACCUGUUAGUUUUCGUGUCGUGCCGUGCAAGCCCAUUUGUUAACUUUGCUAGGCCCGGCCCAAGCUCGGGCACGGUUCGAAUCGUGUCGUGCCUAUUCGUAUUUGUGUUUAAUGAAAAGGACGAAAACAAAACAGAGAAUGUAUAAAGGUGAAAAUUGGACGGAGGAAGAUAUUAUUAACCAAUAAUGUUUGAGAAAGUAACAAAUAGGGGGAAAAGAAAUUUGGAAGUAUAUCGAGUAUGAUUUUGGCUUUGUUUACUUCUUUGUUCAUUUUUACUUAUGUUAUAGUAAUUACGUAAAUAUCUUUAUGACACUUCUAACAACAAAAAAUAAUUAUUUUUCUAAUUGAAUUUUGUAAUAUUUGAACCUAUAAUUCUUUUUAUAUUUAUUUUCUAUCAAAUAAAUAUUAUUUUCAUGCAAUGUCCGUUCUUAUACUCAAUAAAGUCUCGAAAAUAUUAGGCCCGACACGGCCUACUUAUAUACCGUUCCGUGCCCGUGCUCGUGGCCGUGCCCAUGAAAUUUAGGCCCGGUAUAUCCUACAAAUUAUUCGUGCUCGUGUCGGACUGUCCCAUUUAUUUCGUGCCCAUGCCAUGCCGUGCUCUAAUCGUGCCGUGCCGCGGUGCCACGUACAAGUCGGCACAACAAUGCCCAGACGGAAUUCUGUAUUUAUAGAUGGCCCAAAUUCGAUGUGGAUCGUUAGGGUGCUGACACUAGACUGGCCCGCUGCAAUGAACAAGAAAUUGGGCCCGUUUGUUUGUUCUUCACUGACUAGGCCGGAGCAGGGCUUUGAAGCCCGGUGCAUGAAUAAGUCUCCCAUACCCCAAUCCAAUUGGUUGCUUUUCCCCCGCACAAAAUGGUUGGUUUAGUUUCGUUUUUGGAUGGGAUUAGGUGCUAACCUUUAUAGGGUUAGCACAGUGAUAACUAGCAAAAAAUCGCUAUUAAAAAUAACGAAAUCACUAUGGAUUAUUAUAAAAUCAAAUUAGUAGUAGUUUUUCCCUUGGUUAGGACGGUGCUAACUAUUGUACAAUUAGCACCGUAACCGCACCCUUUUUGGGCUGCAAUUAUUGUGAUCAGCGCCAAUUUUUUUUUUAAAGAGUUAGACGGAGGCUUUCGAUUAUAAUGUAGUUUUUGGCAUUCUUUUUAUUACGAAACAAACAAAAAUCUGGAAACAUAAGCAUUUAAUCUAUGAAUUAAGUUGAAAAAAAGUUAAUGAGAUAUUCAAUAUAUUUAUUUUAAAUGUAGUCAAAUAGAUACAUUUGGAUACGAUGCAAAUGAGUUUACUCAAAUUAAACUCGAUCAAAAUCCAAAACUAUUAACAACGUAUAUUAGUUCAUUUGAAUCUGACUCAAUAUCCACAUAAAUCAUGUCAAUUAGAUCAAAUUACAUAACAAGUGGAUCCAUUAUAUAUUUCCUUCAACAAUGAAAUAUUAUCUUAAUUGGUAAGUGCCUUCAUCCUCACCAUCAAGCUUCACCCGUACGUUGAUUGAUCCAGUUUAAGUAUAACAACGAUAACAUAUUGAUCAUACAUAUACAGGACAAAAUGUGUCAAAUUUCUGUCUAAAAGAUUAGGAAAUAAAUAUUCUACGAAAAAAAGAAGAAUUCUAAUAAAUAAAAAUCAUUGACAAAUGUAUGAACUUGUUUAAUUUUGUCUGUGGGCGUAGUUUACAAGAGUUGGUGUUUGGAGGUCUCUGCGGGUUCGCCGGCGCACGUGGCGUCAGCUCAGCUCAGGUAUCAAAACUUCCCGUUGAUCUGAGAUUCAGAGAGACGGGUCGGCAGAUUUGAUCUGCGAUCUCAUUGGAGCACAUGUAAAAAAACUACCGUCCCAGAGCUGGCUCCAUUUGUUUAACAAUUCCAUUAGUGUUGUUUUGUUGUAUAAUCAAAUUUCACUAGUGGUUUGGUUGGUGAGAUCUGCAGUUUGCCUAAACCCCAUAUAAUAUCAAACAUUGCAUUUUUCAUAUAGGCUGUAUAUUUUUUACCUUUUCCAUCUAAGGACCUUAAUUAUAAUAUAGAAAAAGUUUUGGCAGCAGUUACAACAUAUUUUUGUGUUCGUUCACAUAUAACUCUAGUUUCCUGAUAGACCCACCAAAUUCAUAACCUAUGCUAUACGGCAUGGUGGCCAUUUGGGUUAAGGAGAUGUUCCAAGGUUGAUCAGGUAACUUUUUUAAUUAUGUGUUUCAACUUAGUUCCAAACCUAACGUAUGAUGGUUUAAUAUAGUCAACAUCAAUCGAUCGAUUUGUGUUAUACAAAUGAAAAGAGCAGAACAAGUAAAGUAAUUGAAGGACCUUUUCAACAACUUUUCCAAGCACUAUACUCAUGCAUGGUUUAGUUCGGUUCAGUUCAGUCAACACCCUUUAAAGCGUCACCUAUCAUGUGACACUCACCAUUCACCAAGUAUAUUAUAUUAUUGUUAGUAUUAUCCUACAUCUUUUCUUCUUCAACAAGCACCAACUUCAUACGAAUUUGUUUACCUGAUCUUUAAAGUAAUAAUCUAACAACAUAGAUGGUUAUUUUCAGAGGUUUAUGUUGAUAAUAACUGGAGUCAAGCGAU